AAUCAGCCUCACUUCAAAAUGUUUCUCUAGAGAAGAAGCCUCUGAGAGCCAUCAAGCCAUUCAAUAUCCGACACAAGCCAUAUAGUCAUCAAACGCAGCUUUAAAACAAUCAACAUGUCUAACAAUCCAAAGUUCUCGGCUUACCCUGGAUUUGGAGACCACGCAUUUGAGCUGUAUGGGUAUAGCCAGGCUGUCCGAAUUGGCAGCCGUGUCGACAUUAGCGGUCAAGGUGGAUGGGAUCCCAAUUCGGAAGAUGUCGUAAUCUCGGCGGAUAUCAAGGAAGAGAUUGAUCAAGCAUUUCGAAAUGUUGAUCUGACGCUGAAAAACGCAGGCAGCAAGGGACUUUCUCAGGCCGUCCAAAUUAGGUCGUACCAUACCAACCUUGGAGAUGAAGUUAUCGCCCAUAUGACGGAGAAUUUCAAGAAGUGGAUUCCGGACCAUAAACCAAUCUGGACCGCCAUCGGUGUGACCAAGCUGGGACUACCUGGUAUGCGUGUGGAGAUCGAAGCCGUUGCUCACGACCCGCAAGAAACUUAGGCAUCGUUCUUUGUCAGUAGACCACUAUAUCGAGUGUAAAUACUACUGGAAAGACGUUAGAUAGGCAGAUUGCUAGGGGAACGAACGGGCCGAAUUUACUUAUAAAAAAAAAUUAAGAGCUAUCAAGAGUUUUUAUGGCGGCUGGAGUGU